UCAUUGGUUGUCAAACAAAACAUAAUUAAAAUUGCAAAACGGAUCGAAUUUUCAUCCUAGAUUUGUUUGUGCAAUCAUUUGUUGUGCUGUCUGGUGCUUAGUGAGUCAAUUUUCCUACUAAAUUUUUCGAAAAACUAUACAGAUAUACCCGAAAAUGCCGGAGGAAUCUAAAUCGGAGGGCGAAAUAGAAAAUGUACGGGUUGUUGUCCGUGUUCGUCCCAUGGAUAAAAAUGAGAUUGAAGCUGGUUCCCAGAAUAUUAUUAAAGCAGAUCCGUGCAACCGAUGUAUUACGGUUUAUAAGCCGAACGCAAACUCUAGUGAGCCUCCGAAGGUUUACUAUUUCGACAAUGUUUUUGGAGAGGAAUCGACACAGAUUGAUCUAUACGUAGAUACUGCUCGUCCGAUCGUUGAUAAGGUACUCGAGGGGUACAAUGGAACCAUCCUGGCGUACGGCCAAACCGGCACUGGUAAGACCUACACGAUGUCCGGUAAUCCCGACUCGCCCCAAACGAAGGGUGUCAUCCCGAACACAUUCGCGCACAUUUUUGGACACAUCGCCCGGGCUAAGGAGAACCAGAAAUUUUUGGUACGCGUCAGCUACAUGGAAAUUUAUAACGAGGAGGUGCGCGAUUUGCUCGGAAAGGAAUUCAACAAAAGUUUGGAAGUGAAAGAGCGUGCCGAUAUCGGGGUGUUCGUAAAGGAUUUGAGUGGUUACGUCGUCCACAAUGCCGAUGAUUUGGAUAAUAUAAUGAAGCUAGGAAACAAGAAUCGUGUCGUUGGUGCCACUAAGAUGAACUCCGAAUCUUCACGUUCGCACGCCAUCUUUUCGAUCACAGUUGAAUCAAGUGAAACCGAUGAAAAUGGGAAACAGUUAGUCAGGAUGGGAAAAUUGCAACUCGUCGAUCUGGCCGGAUCGGAGAGACAGAGUAAAACCCAAUCUUCUGGGUUGAGGCUGAAAGAGGCGACCAAAAUUAACCUUUCAUUGUCUGUGUUGGGCAAUGUUAUAAGUGCGUUGGUUGAUGGGAAAAGUACCCAUAUCCCCUAUCGAAACUCAAAGUUGACUCGUCUGCUGCAGGACUCGCUAGGGGGUAACAGCAAGACUGUGAUGUGCGCCAGUAUUAGUCCUGCUGAAUCGAACUAUGUUGAAACAAUUUCUACCCUUCGCUAUGCAUGUCGUGCGAAGAGUAUCCAGAAUCUGGCACAUGUUAAUGAAGAACCGAAGGAUGCAUUGCUUCGUCAUUUCCAGGAAGAAAUCAAGGAGCUUAGGCGUCAGCUUGAGGAAGGAGUUUUCAUGAACGGUAUUGGAACCGACGAAGACGAAGAGUUAGACGCAGAAGAGGAGGAAGAAAUUGAAUCCGAUGACGAAGAGAAGGAGAAGGAAUGCAAUGAAAAGAAAGAGAAGAAAUGUAAGGAAAAAACCAAAGAAAAGAAAGAAAAAUCCGAUGCAGAAAAAGAGUUGCUUGAAAAGAAAGCAAUCGAAAAUGAGGAAGAAAUAAGUCGUGCAAAAUCGGAGCAGGAUCAACUACGCGCAAAGCUUUCUUCUUUGGAAAACAAAAUCCUGGUUGGUGGAGAAAACUUAUUGGAGAAGGCACAGGCACAAGAGAUCCUGUUGGAAAAAUCAAUUGUGGAAAUUGAACACCGCACGAAAACCGAACGUGAAUUGGAGGAAAAUCUGCAAAAAAUUGAAGCAGAGCGAAUCGAUAUAGAAGAACGGUACAGUUCGCUACAAGAGGAAUGUGUUGGCAAGACGAAGAAAUUACAGCGCGUUAUGUCAAUGCUCAUGGGAAUCAAGUCGGAACUGGCAGACCAACAGCAGGAGCAGCAACGUGAAAAGGAAGGAAUCUACGAAAAUAUUCGUAGUUUAUCACGGGAAUUGGCGCUAUGUGAAUUGGUAAUUAAUUCUUACAUUCCCAAAGAAUAUCAGAACAUGAUUGAAAAAUUCACCCAUUGGAAUGAGGACAUUGGCGAAUGGCAGCUGAAAUGUGUUGCAUAUACGGGCAACAAUAUGCGUAAAAACGUAGCCGAACCGAAAGUCAACACCAAAGAAACAGAUUUGAUCGAUCUGUCCCAUGUAUAUUUAAGUUACAAUACUGAUUCUGUGGCGGAACCAGUAAGAGCUAAGACAGCCCGACCGCGUACAUCGGGAAUUGCACGUCCAACCACUGCUAGAAAGUAUUAUUAGGUUAGACCCAUUGUCUUGGAACGCACAACUGAACCAAUCAAAAUGGUUCGCUAGAAAGAAAGCUUCUCUUGCCACAUAGUGCACCGUUAUCUGUAGUUGUUAUAACCCCAACUAUAAACUGACAAAAUGCGAUUGUGCGAUGUGUUUAAAACAUGCAAUCCCCAAAACAGCGCUUCAUUUUGUUAGAGAGAUAAUAUUUGAAUAACAUGCAUUUCUCGUGAGCUUUUAGGCCCUCACUGUUUCACGCAAUUUUUUUAUAGUCAAACACACCAAAUUGCUCACAAAAUAACACAUCACCAUAAAAUAUAUUUUAGUCUAAAUGUUGCUGUGGGUUUGACAAUAUUCCAUAUGUAGAUUAUGUUAAGCUAAAAAUAGUUCGCGGUUUUGAUUAGGUUCUUUAGAAGAGUACUAGAACAUUCAGGUUCAUUAUUUGUUGUUCUGGUUUGAACAAAAAAAAAAAUAGACAGAGGCUACGUGUAAGUGCAUGCGUUAUAUUUAUUAUCGCUAAUCCUAGUCAUAAAAAUAAAAAAUAUGCAUCAAAACACUUCACACUACAUUUUUCACGUUAUAAUACUCUUGAUGGCAUAGUUGUGUCGUCGCAUAUUCUUUGGAAGUUGGAUGAAAAUCAAUAAAAAUAUGGAUGAAAAUUAUCCUAG